AUGAUCCAAACCACCGGCACCGAGAGCGACUCAGACGUGGCACCGACGUACGAUAAGCUGGACCCGUCAGUGACUGCUGCCAUACUGGCCCAGGCUGCGUUUCGAGGCUACCGCCUCCGUGAGCGCCUUCGUCGCCUGCCCGCGAGGGAGGCGGAGAAGCAGAUAUUGGGCCUGCACAGCAACGCUCGCGGCUUCCGGCGGGUGGGCCUCUUCUUGCUGUUUUCCGGGCUGUACUUCGCCUUGGUGUUCUACGGAGUGGACGUGGCUUUCCAGCGCUCUGUGCAACAGGCGCUGAGGGAUCACGUUGCCGGGGUUAAGUACGGUCCGGAUCUGGACAAGACCCAUCAUGACGUCGCCUCCCUCGCGGAUGUUCACCAGUGGGUUCAGGCCUUUUUCCUGAAGACUUACGACGGCACGCAACUGGAGCACCCUUGUACACCUUGCGCCAUCAAGCCCCCGGACGAUGUCUGUGAUGCCUGCGACUUCACUCCCUUAAUCGAAAUGUUUGCCAAUGAUUCGGAUUCUUCUGCCGCCGAUGAUGUCGGCUCCAAAGGGAAAUCCAGCUCCGGCGAGGCGGUAGCAGCGGCUUGGAACGCCCGCAGGAAGGUGGUGGCUGCUUCCGGUGAUAGCAGCAGCAGCAGCAGCAGCAGCACCACCAUGGGCCUGUCUGAGGAGUGUGUGCAGUGCCUGGUGAGCGGGGGUGAUUACAAGGUCGUGAAUGUUGUCAUCUUUGCUGCGGCCAAUUACUUCGUUCGGAGGUCAUCGGAGUAG